GUACAUAUGGCAUUCAUGUCACCUUGGGAAAGGAGGCCGUUCCGGAGAGGCUUAUGGUAUAAAUUCGGUAUCAUUGGUUACGUUUCCAAGCAGAAGACCUCAAUCGAUAGUGCAUUCCACAUCGCCGGCGGUAUGGAUCCAUCACCGUUCUCCGUCUGUUUCCUCUUCCUCGUGUUCUCCGCAUCAUCUCAGGGCGAGGAGAAUGGAGAUUCUAUGAAUAUCCCGCUGAUGCUAGUAUUUGAGAACGACAUCGCGCUCCUGAGACUUCAGACUCCCGUCAACUUUGCAGCUUACCCAAACAUCCGUCCCAUUUGUCUCGCUGGUUUCUACCCCAGUCCCUAUUCGGUGGUGACGAUCGCAGGAUGGGGCCGCCCUUCGCAAAGUAGCAAUGCUCCCUCGAAUGUUUUGAUGGAAACGGCGGUAUACGUAAUGAGUCUUCAGACUUGUCAGAGCAUUUGGGGUCCUCAGUUGAAUAACAACUUCGUGUGCGUGAAAACAGCUGGGAGAAAUACCUGCCAAGGUGACUCUGGUGGAUCCCUCAUGUAUAGAACUUCAAAAGGUGUUUACGCGACUGUCGGUAUUACUUCGUACGGUCGGGACAAUUGUUCACCUGAUGUUGGCAGUGUCUUCACGAGCACAUCAAGUUUCGUGAACAACUUUAUCUUUCCCAACACUCAGGAUGCUCAGUGGUGCAGUAUACCAUGAAAAGUCCAUCGAUUCCUUUGUUUCUGUAUCUUUCUGUUAUUCCGCAUUUUCUCCAGCUUGAAAUAUAUGCUUUUUGCAUUUGAACAACACUUUUCCAGAUUCUAUUUUCUUUUAAACCCUUUUUCACCUCCGAAG